GGAAUACAAACCAGGGUCUUUCAUCAAAGAAACGGAGUAUGAUUAUGAGAAACCCAUAAAUCAUUUAACGCAAAGUUUUCAUGAAGAUAAUUUGGGCAUGUCGUCCAGGCCGAGACAUUUGGAUUUAGGUGCUGCACCGAGUAAAAUUAAUAAGCCUAGGUAUCCUGAUCCUGAUGAUUUAGCGAAUUCUGCUGGAGGAAGCGGUGGCGGUGGCAAUAUUGCUGCAGCCAUAGACCCUACAUACAACCCAAACAACAGUCUGAAUUCACACAGCAGUCGAGAAUCAGCCAGUCACCUGUUUGGUGGACACAGAAGCUCCCCUUCGAAGAUUGCAAACGGAGGUUAUAGUCCUUCUACUCCUAACGAGCCUUCAGACUAUUGUGAGGACAGUUCUCCAGCGCCCCCUUAUAUGCCCAUACAAGGGCAACGCAGAACUUCAUCGUUGGAGAAAAAGAAAAAGAAGACUAAGGACGGCUGUAAGCAACAGUAAUUUAAUA